AUGCAGGAUAGAGAACAUAGUGAAAAGCUGGUGGAGAACUCUGAUUUUCUGCCAGCUCAGAGAAAGAAGAAAACUUCCAUAUGCCCAGAUGGUAGCAGAAGUAUUAGUUCCUCCCUUUCAAGACACAAACGAUUCCAAACAGGAGAGAAGCCAUAUCAAUGCUCAUAUUGUGGGAAAUGUUUUAGUGACAGUUCAAACCUUUCAAGACACGAACGAACCCACACAGGAGAGAAGCCAUACAAAUGCUCAUAUUGUGGGAAAGGUUUUAAUACUUGUUCAGACCUUUCAGCACAUGAACGAACCCACACAGGAGAAAAACCAUACAAAUGCUCAUAUUGUGGGAAAUGUUUUCGUACCAGCUCCAGCCUUUCAAAACAUAACCGAUCCCACACAGGAGAGAAGCCAUAUAAAUGCUCAUAUUGUGGGAAAUGUUUUAGUGACAAGUCACACCUUUCAACACAUGAACGAAUCCACACAGGAGAGAAGCCAUAUAAAUGCUCAUAUUGUGGGAAAUGUUUUAGUGACAGUUCAAACCUUUCAACACAUGAACGAAUCCACACAGGUGAGAAGCCAUACAAAUGCUCAUAUUAUGAAAAUGUUCGUGGAGGAGAGUGGUCCUUGCCUUUCUUGGCUGCCUCCUGGGGCGAGAAGGGGACCCAAGACAAAGCUCAUUCUGAGGCGCUGAAGGCAGCUGCUCACCCAACUUAA